AUGUAAUUCGAAAGAGCAUAACCAAUUGAAGAAUUCGUUAAGACAGUUCAGAAAAGGAAUUAUGAAUACGAAUUUUAAUACCUUAGACAAAACACCGAAACUGCAUAACAUGAAAAGUAUCUAGUUAAGGAUGUCCAAGUUUAAAAACUAAAUAGAUACUCAAAUAUUUUGCCAUUUUCUCAUUCGAUUGUAAAACCAGAAGUCUAAUCACCAAAUAAAUUGAUUAUGUCUAAAGAUAAAUUUUACAUCAAUGCAAAUUACAUACGGGGAAUUAAUAAUGUUGAAAAGCAAUACAUAGCAACUUAGGGCCCAAUUCCAGAGUCCAUAAUUGAUUUUUGGCAUAUGGUUUGGACCAACAAUGUUUAGGUAGUGAUCAUGUUGUGUAAUUUCUUUGAUAAAGGGAGAGUCCAAUGUGAAAAGUAUUGGCCAAAAACAGGUUAGAAGGCAUAAUUUGGUCCUUAUGAGGUGCAAUCGAUUUCUUAAGAGGAGAUUCUGAAGUCUAUCUUUUAACAUAAAAUCAUCAUCAAAACUUAGGUGGAAUACAGAGAGAUCAUUCAUUAUCAAUGGACUAAUUGGAAUGAUUUUGGUGUUGUAGGCAAUGAUGAAUUAAGAAUUCUUGAUAUGCUUGCUGAUAUCUCAAAUAAGGCUGGUAUGUAAAAUAAGAGACCAGUGAUCCAUUGCAGUGCUGGAGUUGGAAGAACAGGGACAUUUUUAGCCAUAUGCCAUAUAAAAUAGUUAUUAAUAAAUAAUAAAGCAAAAAUAUCUAUAUUUAGCAUUGUUAGAAGAUUGAGAGAGUAGAGAGCCUUAAUGAUCUAGACACCCGAGUAAUAUCAGAUGCUCUAUAGAUAUACCCUGUGGUUGAUACAAAAUUUGAAAUAUAUUUGA